GUCUGAAACACAGUUUACUCUGCCUUCAACAACUUUAUUGAAGUUGCUCGUGAGCGAUUAACUUUAGAGAGAAAGAAGUAAAAGAAGUUUACACUGAGGAAAGCAACUGUGUUAAGUUCAUGGAAGAAACAACUGAGAGGACACCUUUGAUGUUUAAAGAUGCUUUCUGGGGGUCCAAUUUCACCUGUCAUGCAGGGUAUGAUGCUGUAAUCCAGAGGUUGCAAGAUGGAAGGCAUAUGUGCAAAGAUGUGGAGGAGCUUUUAAAGAUGAGGAUCCUAGCAGAAGAGAAGUAUGGGAAGGAACUGGUGACUAUUGCCCGCAAAGCAGGAGGACAUACUGAGGUCGGCACCUUGAGAGCAUCCUUGGAACUAUUAAAAACACAAAUUGAGAACAUUGGUAACUCUCAUAUCCAGCUCUCUGAAAUAUUGAAAGAGGAGGUGAAAAAGAUUGAGACAUUCAGAGAACGGCAGAAAGAGCAGAGGAAGAAGUUCCAAAGCAUCAUGGAGAAGGUUCAGAAGAAAAAGGUUUCUUUGUACAAGCGGACCGUGGAUUCUAAGAAGAAUUAUGAUCUGAGAUGCAAAGAGUCAGACGAGGCAGAACAGGGGGCUGAGAAGACAACAGCUACAUCCAAAAACUUUGAAAAGAUGCGUCAGAGAGCAAAGCAAUGCAGACAGGCCGCCACUGAAGCAGAGAAGCUGUACUUUACCAACAUUGUUCAGCUAGAGAGUGUUCGCCAGGACUGGGAAGAAACACACAAAAGCACCUGCGAGGUGUUCCAGCAACUGGAGGGAGAUCGCAUCAGCAUGCUUAGGUGUUCUCUCUGGGACCACUGCAAUCAUUUCUCCAUGCAGUGUGUCAAAGAUGAUGAGUUCAUUGAGGAGGUGAGGAAGCUACUGGAACAGUGUGACAUCACCUUAGACAACAACUAUUUCAUAGGGAUGAAAAGCACAGGAACCAGGCCUCCAGGUCCCAUAGUGUUUGAGAGCUAUUAUCCGACAGGGACAUCUCGGGACAGCAAUGGCCAGGCUCAUUUCACAGCAGGAGAAGAAGACUUGAUGAUGAGGCACUCUGAUCCCCUUCUCGCAAGUUCUGUGAACAUCAGUUUCGACAGUCUUGAAAACCCACAAUCAACCCCGACCCCUUUUGGCGAGUUUGAGAGUCAAGAUGGAGGAUAUGCGCCCCUACCAGGCCUCCAGCGUGCAGCAUCAUUGGCCACAGUUUCAGCUGAUGAAAACAGCUAUAUUGUACUUUAUGCAUUCGCUGCCCAGGAAAUGGAUGAACUAUCUGUCAGUAGAGGGGACAUUGUCCGAGUGUUGGAACACGGAGAAGAUGGCUGGUGUAAAGCGGAGAGGAACGGGCUGACUGGACUGGUGCCAGGAAACUAUCUGGGAAAAAUCUGA